AUGUUCAUCAAGACACAUCUUGUCUCGCUCUUUGCGCUGGGCCAGGUCGUGGGAACCAUAGCGAAAACCGUCUCGUAUGACUGGGAGAUUACCUGGGUCAAUGCCGCCCCAGAUGGUUUCGAGAGACCCGUCAUCGGCAUCAAUGGCCAAUGGCCAUGCCCCACCAUUGAGGCUUCUGUGGGCGACUACAUCAAGGUCAACAUGAAGAAUAGUUUGGGUAACCAGACUACCGGUCUGCACUUCCAUGGUAUCAACCAGAUUAACACCAACUACUUCGAUGGUGCCUCCAUGGUCAACCAGUGCCCUGUGCCCCCGGGACAGUCCCUCACUUACACAUUCAUUGCUGAUGUGCCGGGUACCUAUUGGUACCACAGCCACAACAUGGGCCAGUAUCCUGAUGGCUUCCGUGGCCCGCUGAUCAUUCACGAUCCCAACGACCCGUACCAUGGUCAUUAUGACGAAGAGGUCAUUCUCACUAUAUCCGACUGGUACCACUCGCAAACCAUUCCUCUCGUGCAAGCAAUGCUUUCACCAAACAAUACUCAGUUCCGGCCUCCUAUCCCCGACAACAUUAUUGUGAAUGAGGGUCAAACCAGUAACAUCCAGUUUGACAUCGGGAAGACCUACCGCGUGCGCAUCCUCAACUUCGCCGCUUUGGGGUCCGCAAUGCUUCAUUUCGACUCUCACACCAUGAGCGUUAUUCAAAUUGAUGCUUCUUAUGUGCAGAAGCAGGAGGUGUACCAGCUUCGCAUCGCGCCAGCUGAGCGCUACGACGUGCUCAUAUCUGGUAUCGAUCGAGACCAGGGCCGAAAUUAUCCUUUCCUGGUAUCUCUAGAUAUCAAUAAAGAUUUCCAAGUGAAUCCACAAUGGCCACACAACGUCACGGGUUACUUGAUCACCGAUUCGAAGUUGGCGAUAGACAGCGUUGAUGUUGUUGACGUUUGGCUUCCUUUUGAUGACGCACAUUUCGUCCCAUAUGACAACCAGCCGGCGCUCGGACCCGUCACAAAGUACUGGGAACUCGACUUCGACUUCGGUCUUGACGCCAAUGGGUAUCCUCGUGCAUUCUUCAACGGCAAGACCUAUAUCACCCAGAACGUUCCAACGCUGUACACAGCGGCCACUGUCGAGAAUAACACCAACCCGGCCAUCUAUGGCGAGGUCUUGCCGUUCUUCGCCGAGUAUGGCGAUAUUGUUCAGAUCGUCAUCAACAAUGUUGACUCGGCAAUCCAUCCUUUCCACUUGCAUGGUCAUACUUUCCAAGUCCUCGACCGCCCUCAAAGCGGCGCAGGGAAGUGGAGCGGCAGCGACGGUGGAGCGAAUCUCACUCCUCCCAAGCGUGAUGUCAUUUCCGUGAACGGUAAUUCGUUUGCGGUUCUGCGGUUUGUCGCGAAUAAUCCGGGUAUUUUCUUGUUCCACUGCCACAUCGAGUGGCACGUCGAGAUGGGGUUGACGGCGACCUUGAUCGAGGCACCAGAGAAGCUGAAGAACUAUCCCAUUCCGCGCGACAUGCUUGACAGUUGCUCAGCACAGGGUAUUCCCACUGCCGGCAAUGCCGUUGGGAAUACGGACAACCCUUCGGAUACAACCGGAUUCAUAACCACCCCUCCCACAUCAUACUAUGGCGCUACAUGGCCUGCUCCAGGUACGACCCAAAAGCGUCGCGAAAGGCAGGUGCGAAGCAAGUCUAGCCAGUCAUCUCCUCGUGAGAUCUGGUAA